AUGUCUCAAAACCAAUAUCAUCGACUUGCACCAUACAGACAGGAUGGGUGGUUCCGAUGUCAGCUGGAAGCGAUCCAUUGUAAAACACAGUUGAUUAACACUGGACCCCGACUUGCAUCUUUUCUUUCGGUUUUUUUACGUCAACAGUCUCUCCUUGUUCCUGAGAAAGGCCAGUUCCAGCACAUUCUUCGUGUUCUUAACACGAACGUGGAGGGCAAGACCAAGAUCAUGUUCGCCAUGACCAACAUCAAGGGUGUCGGUCGUCGUUAUGCCAACUUGGUCUGCAAGAAGGCUGAUAUCGACUUGAAGAAGAGAGCUGGUGAGCUCACCAACGAAGAGCUCGAGCGCCUCGUCACCAUCAUGCAGAACCCCACCCAGUACAAGGUUCCUCAGUGGUUCCUCAACAGACAGAAGAACUUCGUCGAUGGCAAGUACACUCAGCUCUUGGCCAACGGUCUUGACAACCAGAUGCGUGAGGACUUGGAGCGCCUCAAGAAGAUCCGUGCCCAUCGUGGUCUCCGCCACUACUGGGGCGUCCGUGUCCGUGGUCAGCACACCAAGACCACCGGUCGUCGCGGUCGCGUCGUCGGUGUCUCCAAGAAGAAGUAA